AUGUUUUCUAAAUAAAUUCAAUAUACCUAGUCUUAAAAGACAAGUGAUUCUGGCUUAUCUAAUUAAUAAUUUAAUUAGAGAGCUUUUAGAUAUGAAAAUUAAUCAUCAGUCAAAGCAAAUUGGUAGAAACUUAAGUCAUAUGAAACUGACAAUGAUCCAAUAUCAAGACGUGAUAGAACUGUUAAAUCAAUUGUAAUGAAUGGUUAUUAUAUUAGACUGUCUUAUAAGAAAUAUUUACUUGCAACAAUCAAACAAAAUUGAUAAAAUUAGUUAGUUCAUUUCUAUAGUCAGAACAGCAAUUAACUUAAAUUAGUGAACAAUUAGAUAAAUAGUAAAUUGUUUAACUCUUCUUUAAAAUUCAUCAAAUGCAAAGUCCAUAACUUGUGUAGUUUUUACAUUUACUUUAUGAUUCUCUAUUUUCUUUAGACUCAUCAGUUAGUUCUAAGAUGUACACUCAUUAAGAUGUACUUAAAUAUAUGCUUCUAUCAAACUAUGAAUAAAUCUAAGGACAAGCAGGGUAAUUGACCAGAAUACUUGAAAUAUUAUCAGAAAUGUAGAUUUUAAAUCCAGAUUUCUUAGCAUUUGAGGAAGAAUUUUAAGUUGAUUUAGAAGAGGUAAAGUAAUUAAUUAUAUAUAUAGAUUUCAAAUUCAUUCAACUAAGUAUAAUUGCGAAUCUUAUUUUUAGUAAGUUCGAUUGAUAUAUUAAGAGCUUUGAAAGGUUCAGUAGCCUUAUUUGAACGAUUAGAAUAGUUUGUGUUUUCAUAGAUAAAGAAUAGUCAGAUGCCAAAUAUUAGUGAUCUAAAAACUCUUGUGAUUGCUUAUGUUCUUUUAAGUGAAUAAUUGGAUAUAGCAAAUAAACUUGGUUAUUAAAAGUAAGCAAUAGAAACUAUUGGAAAAUCUAUAGAUUAUUCAAUCUAUGAAUUAAAAAGAAGAUUUAUUAAUAAUGCAAUGAGAUUAUCAUAAAAAUAUCUAGGUUCUGAAGUUUAUGAUUAAAUUGCUAAUAUGAAUAGAUCAUUUAGUCCUGGAUUUAAUAGAUAAUCAAUGCCUCAUUUCAAUUAAUAAGAAAACAUAUCAUAUUAAUUUUUGAUAAAUCAUUUGAAAAUGAAUUAUACUUUAAAUAAUGAUGAUAAUUUUUAGAUUGAUUCUAAAUGCAAUAAUUUAUUAUCUAGUCCUCUCAUUUAUUAAUUAAUGGAUAAGUAAUUUUAUAAUUAAUAUUUAUAGAUUAGUACCAUAAACAACAAAAAAAGAGAAAGUUAAUUCAAUUUUUACAGAAUAAAGUCAAGUAGAAAAAAAGAGUUUACCAGUAAAAAAAUAAUUCUCAAUUAAAUAAUUAAAAUAAGAGAAUAUGGUGUAAUCUUAAACUCAAAAUUAAGUAUCUACUCCUUAAUAAAAAUAAGUAUUUAUAUAAUAUUAAUUAAUAUUAGUUAUCUUAAACAUAAGGAUUUCAAUCUACUUAAAAUAAAUAAUAAACUAAUAUUACUACUACUGUUAAACCAGGUUUAGAUUCUAAUGAAUUUGAAAUCCUAUAAAAUAAAUUAGGUCGUCAAUAACAAGAAUUAGAAGAAUUAAAAUAAUUGUAUAAUACUAAUAUGGCAUAAAAAAAGAAUGAACUCAAUUAAACUAAUUAAUAAAAUUAAUAAAAUGAUUAAUUGAAAAAGAAAAUAGAACUUUUAGAAACCAAUUUAGUAUCAUUAAAAAAUGAAAAUACUACUUAUAAAAAAGAAAAAGAUUAAAAAUAAAGUGAAGUUAAUGAAUUAAGAUCAUUUAUUUAAGAUUUACAAGAUAAAUAAUUAAAAUUAGAAAAGUUAGUUCAAUAAUAAUAAUAAUAAUAUUAAUAAUAAUAAUAAUAAUAAUAAUAAUUAUAAUAAUUAUAAUUAUAAUAAUAAUAAGCUUCUCCAUAAUAAUUACCAAAUCCUAAUCCUGCAUAAUAAUAUUUAAAAACACAAUAAAGUAGCUAUUCAACUAAAGCCAAUACUCAAACAUAAAUGAAUAUUUAAAUUCCAACCAAUAAUCCAGAUGAUAAAAAUAGAUUAUUUGUUAGAGCUUAAAGUUAAAUGAGUCAUUCUCCUGGAGAAGAAUUUAAAAAUGAAAUGGAUGAUACAAGUCCUAGAAUUAUUAAAUAAAAUUAAGCUUAUUUACUUUAAUUAUUAGAUAUGUUAGAUUUAAAUACAUCUUUUACUAAAUCUUAUACCAAAUUACAUUCAAAUAAUGAAAAUAAUUCUUGGGAAAGUGAUGUAUCAAUUGUACAUAAUUUCAAACUUGAAGGUUUAAUAACUGAUACAAAUGAAGGAAAAGUGUUAAUGCUCAAAGCUUAUAAUUAAUAGAAUAUAUUGUGUACAGAAUCAAUAUCAUUUGAUCUCUUAAAGAGUCUUCUUGGAUAUGUAGAUUUUUAAGAUACUCUACCAACAAAUCUACCAAAUAUUAGUACAACUCAUUAAUUCUUUAAAUUUUUAAUAUUACCUUAUACUGCAAUUGUACAUGAUGAAAAUACUUAAUAAUAUAAGAUUUAAUUGUGGCCUAAACCAUAUGGAUUAUUAAAUGGAUUAAAUUUAAAAAUAGAUUUCUUAGAUCUUAAUUGUUUAGUAUAUGUUCAUCAUUUAGAAACUGAUUAAUUUAGAAUUAUUAUAUUUGAUCCAGCAAGUUAUGAUUGUUUCAAAUUAGAUUUAGAAAUGGAUUAUUCUUCAAUAGAUACAUUUUUUGUAGAUGCUAAAUCUAUUAAAGAUGAAUUUAAUUAUUAUUGUAAGAGUAAUCUAUUGAAAUUGACAGAAAAAACACCUAAAUUUGGAGAUGAUGAUGUAGCUGAAGCAUUAGUAGAAAGACAUUUUUCAAAAGAUAAAGUAAAAGCAGUCUAGGCAGACAUAAAAUAAAAUUAAUCGUAUAAAUAAGAAAAUUUAGUAUUAAAAUAACCAGUUGAAUUUCUUAAAUUCAUCAAAUAAAUAGUUUAAGUUUUUGAAUAAUAAUUAAAAUUACAAUAAAUUACUUUUCCUAAUAGUUUACUCGGUAUGAAAUAUUUUAGAUGUAAGACAUGGAAUGCUGGUACUAAAAGUUAAAUAUAAAUUGUCAAAGAACAUUUAGAUUAAUAAUAAAUUUCUAUAUAUUUAGCUAAUUGUUUUGAAUCUUUUGGUCCAAAUAAAUCUAAACUUAAAGCUAAAGGAAGUACUCAAAUAAAUUUUUCAGCAAUUCAAAGGGAAUUUGCUGUAUCUUAUGAUAAAUUAUAGAUUGAAGAAAGAGCAACCAUUUUAUAGACUAUUUUAUAUUCAUUCAAUUUAAAUAUUUUUGAAAAAAUAUGUGAAUAGGAUGAAUAACAAUUUGACAAGAAUCCUAUAGUGUAAAGUAUUUAUGAUUGUGGGUCUUAUAGAAGGUAUUAUUAUUUAAUUAUCUAUUUUAGAGUUAUUGCCUUUGAUAAUGGUAAGAUUGCAUAAGUUACUAUUUAAGUUAUUGGAUCAAAUAGAAGAAUGUGCGGUAUUAAAUUCUCUGUUUUUAAUGUUGAUGAAACAAUUGAAAAUGGAGUAUUUUUACCAGUAUCAUAAAGUGAAUGGGAUACUAGAGCAAUGGAAAAAUAAAAAAUUAAAGCAUCUGUUCAAAAUGUUCCCUUUGCAGAAUAUUUAUUAACAUAAAUUCUAAAAUGUUAAACCACAUAAACUGUAAAAUAUUUUAAUUGAUUUUACUAGAUUUUAUUUAAAAAGAUUUUGAAUGCUGAUUUCAAAUCAAAUUAAAUUAAUAGUAGUGAAAUAAAAAAGAGAAAGACUUUUAUUGAGAGGGUAGAUAAUCUAUUAACUUGGCAAGAAGUUAUCGCACAUUUAUGA